CAGAAGUGUCAUUGAAGUGAUACACAUCUUCCAGGAACCAUUCCAGCUUGUGUAGUUUGCAAGAAAUUACUUUGAAUAUUCUUCUCAAUAUGUGAAAAUUCACUGCUCAGCCAAAAAGUAACAAUCUAACACAUACACACCAUGGGUGUAACACUGGAGCGAGUACAAUACAAAUUUGCCUCCAUCAUUGGAGAACUCUGCAGUGAACCAGAUAUCCUUUCACAAUUUGCAGUAUGGGUGGAUCUCAGAUUAGCAGAAUACAAGUUAAAAGGAUCUAUCUCCUUGGAUUGCUCUGGCGAGACACCUGAUCCGAUAUGGCUGAAAGGCAUUCUUAGUGCUUUAAUAGCUAAGAGGCUGGCCAAGGGCAAAGCAGCAGUAUUAUCAUCAUCCAAGUGUAUGCUAGCCACAGGAGAGGACCAGAAAGUUAAGAGCCUGGUAAAACUGCAAACUCCCGUUAUCCGAAUCUCAGGACCUCGGUCAGCUCAACAGACUGUGGAGCCACAAGUGACAAUUCCACCUAACUUUAUUGUUAAAGGAGAACCGGAAGAAGAGAAAGUUUAUCCACAAGUAAGUUUCCAGGACCAUGCCUAUUUAGGUGACAUCAUCAGGAGAAAACGUGCUGCAGAAACAGUCUCUUCAGAAUCACCAAAGAGGGAAAGAGUUGAAACCAUUCCGUCCAGUCAGAGUAUUGUGUUGCCUGACGAUUUCCAGUCCAUACCACGGCAGGUUGUUGCAGAUGAGGGAGUGACAACAUUGUUAGACACGGCAUCUCCAAUCACAGGUUCAGAAUACCUUCCGGCUGCAACCAAUGAAACUCCAAGCCCUGUAAACCAGUCUACCGGUAACAAGAGCCAAUCUUCGGUCGGAGAUGCCAGUGAAAUGGAAAUGGCUGCCAUACGACAGCGCAAAGCCUUAUACAAACUCCGAUCUUACGUGACAAAGUUUGACCGAUGGGUCCAGGCCGAGUUCAACGAGAGCCGCCACAUGGAAGACAUUCCCCCUGAGCAGCUUGACGCCUACUUGGCUCAGUUCUUUACCACUCUGAAGACGGACCGAGGUGGUGAAUACGGCUACGACUCACUGAUAACACUUCGGUCCGGGCUGGAGCAGUACCUAAGACAGAAGGGAUACCCUCAUCUCAUCCGUUCCUCCCCAUUGUUCUGUCACAGCCAAGCAGCUGUGCGGAAAAGAAGACUCAAACAAGCACAUGCCCGACACCAACAGGCUGAGAUCAGCAAUAAUCAUAAUGAACACUGAUUUAUUUAUUUAUUUGAUUGGUGUUUUAAGCCGCAGGCAAGAAUAUUUCACUUAUAUGACCACGGCCACCAUUAUGGAGGGAGGAAACCGGGCAAAGCCGGGGGGAAACCCACGACCAUCCGCAGGUUUUUAGCAGGCCUUCCCAAAUAAGGCCGGAGAGGAAGCCAGCAUGAGCUCGACUUGAACUCACAGCGACCGCAUUGGUGAGAGACUCCUGGAUCAUUACGCUGCCCUAACACGCUAACCAACUGAACCACGGAGGCCCCUAAUGAACACUGAUCACAACAUGGCUAACACACAGACACUGAAUGGCCCAAUCAAAUAUAAUACUAUAGUGUCCAGACAUUAAGAUGGUCGAUUCAUUGCCGCUUCCAAAAUACUGUGAUUGAAAUCAUUGCGUUGGUCGUCAGGCUGACAUUUGUGCUUGAAGUGUUUACAUGAAUAUAGAGUAAUGAAACUGUUAUCAUUAAUGAUCUUGGACAACAUGUAUACAACGUUUGUGCCUGAUGUAAAUCAGAGUGGUUCUGUGAUUUUCGCUUCUUUGAAAUAUUGACUGAAAGCAAUAUUUUUGGCGAUUGUGAAACUUAUGUUUAGAUAAGUUGAUUAAUAGCCAUAUCACUGUUUUCUCAACAUUGACAAAUGGAAAAAUUAUGGCUACCUGUGAAACUGACACAUUGUAUACACUGUAACAAUACUGUGAUCCAACUUAUCACUUUAUCAAUUCCAGUGAAACCUCAGACUGUAGAUAUCCUCCUUCACAAUAACGUAACCCACCUCAUGAAGAGCCAGUGUAAAACCUGUCUGAAAUGGUGCUUUUUAUGUAUAUGUAUAUAUUUUUAUAAUGUUUGGAAGUAGUGAUAGACAGUCAAAGACAUGUCCAUGUUAAAGCUCAAGGUGCUUUGUAGAAGUGAUUAAUAUUUUCUAAAUGUUGUUUUUAUAAAGUCCUAUAUGUACGUUACAUCUUUUACAUCUUUCUUCAAGAUUGACCAGAAUGUAUGAAAGAUUAUGGCUUAACAGAGAUUGACCAGUAAGGCCUUAUGGAAGAAACAUGUUCUUGAAAUGGGUCAUUGCCUUCACAGUAUUGUUUUUACAUUCGUUAUGACUUCUGUUUGUACAUA